AUGGCCCCCGUUCAACUCGCCGCCCCUCUCGCUACCACCCUCAAAGAUCAUCAAUCCCCCAACUUGAAAACUGCUCUCCGUCUCCUCGAAGCUCGUACUUCAUACUCGUAUGAAACCUUGAAAGUCACUUUGGAUGAGUGUUGCACGGAUAAUUUCACCUGGACUCCACUCCCGGAUGAGUCUCUGAGCGCCCUGGGAUGGAGCCAGUGUAACAAGUCCAAAUUUAUCGACACAUUCCAGAAUGUUAUCUGGAAAUGGACGAAAAACGCCGAGUACAUUAUCACAGAGGUGGUAGAAAACGAGAGUGAUGUGAUUCUCUAUGUAAACUUAGGGCACCGGUCUGUCUCGCUCGCGGGCAAGUCUCUCGCUUCCUCACACGUGUUCAGGCUCCGCUUCGACGCUGAUGGGAAAAUCGUGGAAGAAAAGGACUUCUUGGACAGCAACUAUGUACAUAAAUUUUGGUUGUCGGGGCCCGGAGCCAAAUCGGCCGGUCCUGCUGAAGGAAACCGUUAG